GCACAAACCCUACGGGGUUUGGUUGCACCGCGGCUUUGGCGCAUUUUCGGCUGGUUUGAUUCAUCCAUUUUGAAGAGACGGGGGAGCGGGGGGCUCGUCAGAUCCAGGGACCUCAAACCAGCAGCCGCGGACUCUGAGAAGCCAGCAGCCCGGGGCUCGGCAGCAGCGGCCCCGCCGGCCGGAGCGGGGGGGUGGGGCGCCGAGUGCGCGGGGAGGGGGGUCCUGGUCCUCGGCUCCUCGACUUGGUCGCGCCUCGACAGCGAACAUGUCUCGGCCUGUCAGAAAUAGGAAGGUUGUCGAUUACUCUCAGUUUCAGGAAUCAGAUGAUGCAGAUGAAGAUUAUGGAAGAGAUUCAGGCCCUCCUGCUAAGAAGAUUCGGUCAUCUCCCCGAGAGGCUAAAAAUAAGAGGCGAUCUGGAAAAAAUUCACAAGAAGACAGUGAAGACUCAGAAGAAAAAGAUGUGAAGACCAAGAAGGAUGAUUCCCACUCGGCAGAAGACAGCGAAGAUGAAAAAGAUGAUCAUAAAAAUGUACGCCAGCAACGACAGGCAGCAUCUAAAGCAGCUUCUAAGCAGAGAGAGAUGCUCUUGGAAGAUGUUGGCAGCGAGGAAGAGCCGGAAGAAGAUGAUGAGGCGCCAUUCCAGGAGAAAGAUUCUGGCAGCGACGAAGAUUUCCUAAUGGAAGACGACGAUGAUAGUGAUUACGGCAGUUCCAAAAAGAAAAACAAAAAGAUGGUUAAGAAGUCCAAACCUGAGAGAAAAGAAAAGAAAAUGCCCAAACCCAGACUAAAGGCUACAGUGACGCCAAGUCCAGUGAAAGGCAAAGCGAAAGUGGGUCGCCCCACAGCUUCAAAGAAAUCAAAGGAAAAAACUCCUUCUCCCCAAGAAGAGGAUGAGGAAGCAGAAAGCCCUCCAGAAAAGAAGUCCGGAGACGAAGGCUCUGAGGAUGAGGCCUCAUCCGGGGAAGAUUAAAAGUCAUAUUUAGGGAGAGGUUUUAUUAAAAACAAAGGAAACCUCUGUAGGACACGGUUUGGGCUGUGGCUUGACUCAUGGGCUUUCAGUGCUAUUUCAUUUGUCUAGAAUAAUGUUUUUCUCUCUAUCAUCUAUCUCUUUCCCUCUUAAAACCAUUGGGGUUUUUUUGUUUGUUUGGUUGGUUGGUUGGUUGUUUUUUGUUUUGUUUUUUUGGUUUUUG